AGAGCCCGCCCCCUCCGCUCGCUCCCCGGCAGCCUCCGCCUCUCCUCCCGCUCUGUCAUCCACACCGCUGUUGUUGCAGCCAUUUUACCGUGGAGCGUCGGCACAGCGGCGACCGGAGGAUGCCGAGACACCGCUGUUAAAAGGACUACAAACAUGGCUGACACGGCACGAGGUCCCGUGGUCAGCCGGCCAUCGGCGUUCACCAACGAGGAGCGGAGGGCGAUUCACUCCUGGUCCCGGAUCUCAUCAGCGGGACACAACGUCCUCCUGGACGCGAUGAAGAUCCUCAGCCCCAUGUCCCGGGACCUGUCCAGCACCGAGGAGCUGGUGAGCUUCCUGCAGGAGCUGAGCGAGGAAGGACAUAAGCCCACCGUGCUGCGCAGCAAAGACGUCUACGCCUACCGAUCCUGCACCAACCAGCCGCUGACCCAGGACAUGCUGAAGCCGCUCAGCAGGAACGUCAGACCCACCGCCAAGAGGAAGGGCAGGCGGCCACUGGCCAAGAAGAGGGAGGUCCACCCGUCCUGGAUCACCUCCGACAGGACCAGCCCCCGGAUCCAGGGGGUCCGACCGCCAGAGCUGCUGGUGGAUCACCGCGCCAUCAUCUGCAGCCGGACGGCCAGCUGGACGGCGGACAGGUCGCCGGUGGAGCAGCCGUGCCUCAGACUGACCAACAUCGAAGGUCUGUCCGGCUUCCACACAGCCAGACUGCAGAUUCACACCACCUGGGACUCGGAGGCCUCUGCUGCCUUUUCGCAGCAGCAGCAGCAGCAGCAUCCUUCAACGCUUUCAGGAAUACCUUCACAGCCUUCUCAGAACGGUGGCGGGACGCCCACCAAAGCCGUGGCCUUGUUCAGCCAGAAGAGCCUGUCCUGCCCCAUCCGGCUGGACGGUGCCCUCAUCGGAGACUCGGCGCCGGUGUUCUACGCCAACGGCCGGGCAUUCCCUCAGACUCUCACAGAGCUGCCCAGCAACGGCUGGAGGAGCAACGGUCUCCACCGGGACGCCCGAGGCCCCAAGGACCUGAGCCCGCCGACCCGGCAGAGAAGCAGCUGGAAGGACAAGAACAGUUUUAGGUGGAAGGUGAUAAAGGUGGACGACUCGCGCUCAGUGACCGAGGCUUGCAGGAAGGCCCAGAAGAUCCUGCAGGUCAACCUGUCUCCAGUGAUUCAGAUCCAACCUCUCAACCAUGUGCUCAGAGACUUCAGAUACCAGAACAAGUGAUGCCUCCACCACUCCUUUAGUGUUAGCUUUUCCAUUCAUUAGCCUCCACCGGCUGAGUCCCGUUCGUGUCCGAGGGUUCUGUGACAGCUGCUGAUGGCUGAUGGAGGUCGGUGGAGGUUCUGGUUCUGACAGGGAAACCCGGCUGAAAGACGUUUGAAGUGACGUGAUGUUUUCCUAGCAGGCUGGGAAAUGACUGCCGAUAUGAGUUCACGCUUCACCUUGUUUCAACCCAAAAGGAUUCUGCUGUGAGCUGUUUGAUCAGGAAGCAGAAUCUGAACCAACCAGUCCAAGAACUCCAGCAUAGUUAAUGACUUUCUACCUUCAUGCUAUGAAUAUUUGAAGACUUCCAGAUCCUUGGAGGACAUAGAGGCGGGUCCAGUCCAGCAGAUAGACACACAACAUUCAAGAGGAAAUGAUAAAAACUUCUGAUUAAAAACUGACACCAGAUCAGUUUUACAUCCAUCCAGUCAUCACAGUCUGAACAGGAUAAAUCUGGACCCACCUCCAUGGACUUCAAGGACCUGGAAUGUUCUAAGUGAGACUAAACUUAGAGACUGGAAGCAGGAAAGGAGAAUGUCCCCUGUAGAAAGUUCUAGAGUAGACCUACCGACAAAUGUUAAGAUCGCUGAUUAAUAUCUCCGAUCUUGUUUUCUUUUAAGCCUGAGCUAUUGUCGGUAGGUCUAUUCUAGAACUUUCUCCGGGGGACGUUUCUCCUCUAUGGACUUCAAGGGCCUCAAACUCUGGAAAUAUUCCCACCAUAAAGGUAAAACUGUGAUCGUUGAGUAAGUUACUGGAGAUGAAGAACCAGAUGUUCUGAGGAGGUCAGAGUUGGUUUAUCUUCCUGGGUUGAGCUUGUUGGGAAUAUUUGAUGUCUUCUGGUGACAAACAUGUAUUUGAGAUCAUCUGAAGGAGGAACCGCUCUGGGUUUAGUCUUUCAAUCUAAAUGUUCUAAGAGGCCCUCAGACCAUCUCUGACUUGGAUCUCCAAAGUUUAGUCCUAAUUAAAAUUGAAUCUGAAUAAUGUUCUGCUGGUUUGUUUAAGUUCAACACAUUAAUUUGGCUGAUUUUCAAAAGUUUUUCCUCCCAGCAGAACAGAUUUGAGUUUAUUUGGAGGAAAAAUCCCCAGACUGGGUUUUUGUUUGCUUCAGGUGCUAAUCUUUCGGUGCUGAAUGAAAAGAAUGUCGAGCAGUUCUUCUUCUUCUGGUCCAGACUGUUUCAGAGCUGCAGGUCAAACCGAACCUCCUGUUCUGUCUGAAGGUUCUGAGAGGAACCGAGUCAAUGUUCAUGUCGUCAUCUGUGACCAACGUCUGUCUCUGUCAGCUGAACCAAACCCACUCCAGCUGUUUGAAUCUGGUUUUCUGGAGGUUUUACUCCCAUCAAAUCCAGAAAAGCUCCAGAAAAAAACAGUCUGUCAACCUUUAGCUAGCUUAAAAAAAGUCAGAACACGUCUUCUACAGCAGAACUGAACAUCUCAUCAUGUUUCUGUUAUGAAACGUCUGGUAGAACCGAUGAGAUCUCCUGUUGGAACCAGCAUUUGUUGGUUCCACGUCUCCUUCUGUGAAUUUCUUUUGGUUCUGGGAGUUUGUUCUCCGUCGGUCUGUUGGCGGUCAUCACCUUUUCUAGAUCUUCUUUCUGUUAGUCUUGUUUGUGCAACACUUGUAUGAUAUUGUAUUUCCUACAUGAUCUUUGAAAAUGUUUUUGUUCAAUAAAACUGAUCUGAAAACA